AUGGAGAUUGAUAUGAAUUUGAUGAUAAACUUUGUGCCGAUAAUCGCGACAAUUUUAGCACUUACAAUUGCAUCUUUUGUCGUUAUUCAAGGAUUAAAACAAAGAUGGCCUAAAACUCUCAAUUGUUGGUUUUGUAGUGCUAACUCUAAGAUUUGUAGAACGAGUCUAGACUGGUGGAAAUGUCCCAGUUGUCACCAAUAUAAUGGAUUUUCAAAAGACGGUGAUUACAAGUAUGACAUACCGGAGCAACGGAGUAGGUCCUUAAAUAAACCGGCUGGACAUUAUUCAUCGGGAAAUAAAAAUCAACAGACAAGGAAAACUAAUGGAUUGUGUAAAAAAUGUAACAGUAAUGAAGAGCUUAAAGUUAUCGAGUUACGUUCAAUUGAUCCUCUGCGUUGGCGUCCAUCUGAGGUUGAAAGUUUCAAGCAAAGUCUCGACGAAAAAUAUCCUCUGUGUAAAAAAUGUAAUUCAUUUGUUAAAAAAGUUAUACAGAAACAGACUCAUUGGUUGAUGCAGUAUAAAAUGCUCUUUUUUAAGCAGAGGUCUAUGGAAAUUACAGUAAAACAUAAAACAAUGUGGGAAAAACUUUGUCGCACAAUUUUAACAUUUUUGAGCGCCGGUAUCAUUUAUUAUCCAACAAAUCAACAGUUAUCAAUUAUUGGUGCAUUGUUACAACUCGUGACGGUAACGAGAGUACAUAUUACCAAAAGAAAUUUUGAUUUAUUACUGACAUUAAUUUGGGUAGGAAUUUGUAUAUUAAUGCCUUUUAGUAAUAUAAGAUUACUAAAGCUUAAAUUUAAAAUUGAGCCGCUUGAUUUGGAGUACAUAACUGGUUAUGGCAUUAUUGCUAUUUUAUCAAGUGUUUUGGGUUUUAUUAAUUUAACUUCAAACAACCCUUCAAACGGCAAUGUAAAUAUAUCAUUUAAAAAACUAGAAUCACCUAUAGCUAGUAUUAAUACUGUCCACAAAGAAUUAAAUAAUGCUGGUUACUGCAACCAAAAAAAUAGUAUUGAUACUUCAAUCCACAAUCAAAAAGAAUAUUGCAAUAAAAAACUUGAAAAAGAUGUGUCGGUUCGGAAAUCACUCGUCAAUACAACACAUUUAUUGAUGACCGAUACGUCUUUUGACUCGCCAGCAACAAUCAAAGCUUCAAUGUCACCGUAUUUUAGAAUAUGUGAAAGUCAACGAAGCUCAAUUUCAAAUGAAUUCACACCGAAGAAUAUAAAUGUUCCGACAAACAUUUCAUUUAAAGGUUCUCCAGAAUAUAAUCAUAAAAAUCCUGAAAAAUACGCUCUGAAUGAGAGCUUGAAAACUUUGAGUAAUUUAUCUUUAGACAGCAACCAUAAGCAGACUUCAAAAAACUCUCAAAUUUUUGAGACCAAAACUUAUGGCACAUCUAGUCCAGAUUUAUUUCGCCGAAACUACAGAACCUCUCAGAAUAAAUUUAUUCUAGCACCACCGAAACUAAAGUCAGUGACUCAAACGUCUUGGGUAGCUGGAGGGUACUGGCAAAUGGGAAUGGAUUCACCAACAUUGUCAAGAUCAUCAAGCCAGAGCUCCGGAUUUGGAUCUACUGCUUCAAACCUCGGGCCAUCUCGGGAGCCAUCUGUCCUCAAUGAAGUAGACAGAUGUUCUGUAGUAUCUGAAGUUUUACCUUGUUACAAUGCUCAACGGCAGACCAGUGUUGGUUCUGCAAACUCAUUUUGUCAACACGGACCAACUUAUCGUGUAGCAACUCCAGACUUUACCGGAUGCAUGGGGACCUCUCAUAGUCCACCGCCUAAUUUAAUAAUUGCAACUCCUUGCAAUCAAUCAUUCCAGCAACAAUCGUGUCACAACUAUCACAUUAACGAUCAGUGUACGAAUGGUAAUAUCAGUUACAAUAUGGUUCCACAAACUCCACAAAUAUCGUGUAACGCUUCUCAUCCUAUCAGCAUUUUAAAUAGCCCUAUUUGGCUACCAGCUCUUCUCUGUGGAUCUAUUGUCUUCAACAUGGUUGUAUUUUGUACCGUAUUGUUGCGUUAG